AUGAUUCGAGCAGUUCUUACAGGUAUGUUUGCACUUAAUACUGAAUACGGUUCUCGAGAUCUCCUUGGUAAGUACCUUGAUCAUAUAACUGGAGUUGCUGAUCCAAUAUAUGAGGCAGCUGCCAGCACCAUUUUCGCGAGUUCUUCGGCGAAUAAAUCGGUAAGGAAACAAGGACAUAGUGUGGAGGAUGAAGUUGAGCUUCGAGCCGCAAGUAAAAGCUCGCAAAUCUGUUCGCCAGCGUAUAAAGAUAUUGUUGCGCGGCUCAAGAGCGAAGACUCAUUUAUUGACAUUGGAUGCUUCCUCGGUCAAGAAUCACGAAAAUUGGUGUGGGACCUAAAUUUUGCGCCUGCAGAUCAGCUCCAUGCCGUGGACAUUAUCAAUCACUGGGACUUGGGUUAUUAG